CUUUCCUGGGGCUGAGUUCGAGCGUUUCUCCCUCCUACUAUUCCAUGAUGUAACUCUGUUCCAAUGAAAACAGGUGGAAUUCCCAGAUUCCUCCAAUCCCGAUCUGCCUUGAGAAUCCGUGGGAGAGAGUGAAGAGGCAGGUCAUGGCGCUGUAGUGAAGUUCGGCAGGGGAAAUUCGGCAAGACCAGAAAAGCACAAUUUUGGACUAUUGUGUAUAGUGUUUUUGGUUAUAAAUGCUUUUACGUUGUUGGAAGUAACCUUGGGCUACUUAUUUUUGGAAGUGAGUUGAUUCGCAAGAGAGCGACGAUUGUUUUUUUAUCAGAACGGGAAGCCAGCCUACUUGCGUGAGCAAUAGAUACAAAGUUAACGUUCGUUUCACCUAGCCCACUGGAUAUACUAGUGUGACACACAGGUGUGGGACGAGUUCAGUUGCUACGAUGGACCACUGGGAUUAAGGAAUUUGGGACUCCUGAUUUUUGUCUGGCAGCGUUUUGGAUUAACAAGUAACGUUAAAUUCCUUUCCGUGUGUUGCGAAAACGGAAAUUCGGCAGUCAUGCCAGCGAAAACAAAGUACAAUCUUGUUGACGAUGGCCAUGAUUUGAGAAUUCCAUUGCAUAACGAGGAAGCAUUCCAACAUGGGAUCAACUUCGAAGCCAAGUACAUCGGCAGUCUGGACGUGGCGCGGCCGAACAGCAGAGUGGAGAUCGUGGCUGCUAUGAGAAGAAUACGGUAUGAAUUCAAAGUGAAGAACAUCAAGAAGAAGAAGGUCAACAUCAUUGUCUCAGUGGAUGGAGUGAAGGUGGCACUCAGAAAAAAGUUAAAAAAGAAGGAGUGGACGUGGGAUGAGAGUAAGAUGAUGGUGAUGCAGGAUCCCAUUUACAGGAUCUUCUAUGUGUCUCAUGACUCCCAGGACCUGAAGAUCUUCAGCUACAUCGCCAGAGACGGACAGAGUAACAUCUUCCGUUGUAACGUCUUCAAGUCCAAGAAGAAGUCCCAGGCCAUGCGUAUCGUGCGGACAGUGGGCCAGGCAUUCGAGGUGUGUCAUAAACUCAGCUUGCAACACACACACCAGAACGCAGAUGGACAGGAGGACGCAAACAAUGACAAGACCUGCAACGAGGAGUCCACGCUCUCAGCUCGGGAGUUAACGGGAGCGGAGAAGUCGGCGGUUGCUGUGGAGACAGACAUCGAUGCGGAGGAGGCUCCCUUACCAUUACCGGACAGUACGGUUGAGGAGUUUAACCGCGGUGUCACUGACCUGGACGGAGUGGAUGCUACCGCCAAGACUGACCACACACACUUCAACAAUAUUGACAACGACAAGAAGGUUCCAGAGGAGGCCUCUCUGCUGCUUGCGUCCCCCAGGAUGCUGCUGCCGUCAUCGGGUACUCUGCCUCCCACCACCCCCCUGUCAGUCCACCACCAGAUCCAACUGCUACAGCAACAACUACAGCAACAACAGCAACAGACACAUGUAGCCGUGGCACAGGUGCACCUGUUGAAGGACCAACUGAGUGCGGAGGCUACAGCCAGACUGGAGGCCCAGGCCAGAGUGCACCAGCUGCUGCUCCAGAACAAGGACCUGCUGCAGCACAUCUCCCUACUGGUCAAACAGAUCCAGGAGCUGGAGGUCAAAAUGUCAGGACCCUGCUCUAUGGGUUCCCAGGAUAGUCUGUUGGAGAUCACUUUCCGUUCCACCGUCCCCCCAGUUUUGUGUGACCCUACGACCCCGCGACCCCAGGACCAUGUCAACCUCACCCUGCCAGCGCUGGGCAUCAACAUGGGCAUGGGCCAGGAUGGGACGGCCGCCUCACUUUCCUCCUCCUCCCUGCCCCUAGGCAACCACCUAGUUGACCAGAGUAUGUUUGAGAACUCCAACGCCUCCAGAGCUCCAGGCCAGGGGCUCCAGGCCUCCAGGUUGACUCAGGCCUCGGCCCGUCGCUCCCUGGUCACUGCUAACCCUGCCCUGGGUAGCAGCCCUGCAGAGGCCCCCUCCUCCACCGCUGUCGCUGGAGGUCAGCAGAGGCUGAAGAACGCCCUGAACCUGGGAAAGGUGGUGGGGGCAAAGGUCAAUGACCUGCUGCGGAGGAAGGAGCCCAGUCUUCUAGGAGACAUUGGGGUCACAGAGGUCAACAAGAACGUAGGAGCAGUCUGGAGCAAUAUGGAGGAGAUGACCCUGGGGACUACCGCCAAUAGUCAUACCUCUCUGGACUCCUUCCCUCGUCUGGACCCCCCUCCCCCCGGUAAGAAGCGUCUUCCUCGCGCCCUGAAGACCACCCAGGACAUGAUGAUCUCAUCUGACCCUGUCGUCACCACUCCCCCUGAGACCCCUGAUCACUCCCUCUCCUCCCCUGACAAGAACCCCCUCAUUAGCAAGGAGCAUACCCCACCCCAGGGAGAGAGGGAUGGAGAGAAUGAUGGAGGGAGAGACGGAUUCACCGGACUGACUGGCUCUCUGGACAGCGAGAAGAAAGAGGAGGAUGAGGUGGUGGAGAUGGAGAGAAAUGGAAGUAGUAAGAUGGAUGGAGUGGAAGGGGAUGAGACGGAAGAGAGGAGAGAGCCAGAGAAGACCCAGAUUCAGCUCCAGCUCUCUGUCCCAGACCUCAUCCAUAAGGACCACCCGGACCCCCACAGGUCGAAGACGUCUGAGCCCAGGCAGAAGGCACCGGGAGUGGACACGAGGCUGGCCUCCACCCCUCUGAAGGCUCCAUACAGGAUCAGUCUGAGUGUGAGUGAGGAUGGGCUGAUGGAGAAUGGCUCCCUCUGUAUGAGAGGAUCAGCAGUUACAGACACAGAGGAGCUUGAACAACACCCCGACCUGCUCUCCUUUGAGUAGAGACACACAUAAACACACACACACCACAUACAUACAAACAUACACACAUACAUAGAUACAUACACACAGACAGUGAUGUGGUGAGGACUUGGCAGAGGGAGAGAAGACAGAAAUUGUUUGUGCGAGAAAAUAAGAGGGAGAGAGGAUGUUUUUGACUAGACCCUAGACUUGGGUUAGGGCACAGGGAUAUAGAUUGUGAUGUUGUGUGUUUGUAUGUGAGUGGGAGUUGGAUAUAGUGGUAGAGGAUUGUAUUAAGGAAGGGUAUGUGUGAGAGAGGUAGAGAGAACAAGACAGACCGGGAAAGAGUAUCUAUUUUAGCAUCAUGAAGGGACAGACCACAGUGGCUUAGAAUCUUAGAACCAAAACCUCCUGGUCUGCCAAACAUUGUUUUAUAACCUUGUUUUAAGUCAUGUUUUAUAGUGUUAAUCUUAGAAGAUAAUGCUGAAGGAAGAUUUAUACCCAAGGAUUCUAGAUAUCUAGAUUUCAAAUAAAUAAUUUGGAAUGUCAUAGUACCCUUUCAUGCUGAGACAGAAUGUAUUUUUUAUGAUCUUUCAUAAUUGUUGCCCCUCAGAAAAUGUCAAACCGUCAGCGCUAAAUAUGAAAACAAAAGUGAACAUAACCAGUAGCAUAACACAGUUUUGCGGGGCCACCUCGCAAGGUCUUGCGUGGAUUACGGGGGUGUCCGGUACGCCGGUGAACACGACAUAAACACUGAUUAAUAUGAUUCAACACCACAAGCUCUUUCUCUGUUUUUAUACGCCCACUGCUGUGUUCCUCAUUGUCACCCUUCAAGUGGAGACAUGUAUUGUGGGAGACGUGCGAUUGGGUUUGUUUCGCCUGUGUAUGUGUCUGGUUUAUGUUUGUUGAUCGACGGUCAUUGUUUUAGUAGUGCCACUCACAGUCCUGUUGUUUUAUUUCCUUUUUAUGUGUCAUCUUUAUUUUGUCAUUUGAUUUGAAGUAGUGGUCAUUCUGCAACAAAAAAAGUUGUAAAAAAUAUAUCACAAACACACACACAGGACACAUAGUAGGACAGAAUGAGGGGAAGGUAAGGCAGGUCUCACCCAGAGGCUUUGUCUGGGGCUGCUAUUCUCACUUACAGGCUCCUCACCACUGUACUCAUCUACCCCUUCUCUUCCCCUCUCAUCCACUCCUUCCUGAGAUGAACAAACAGAUAGAAUCCACUAUCACAGCCCUUUUAUGCUCCUAGCACAGAUUGAGAUUAAUGAGACUUUAACCAGUGUUUCACAAAACUGACCGUAGAUCAGUGUGUCAGGGGAACUACUACUCUAAUAGACAAUGCUUAGUUAUCCUGGGUGGGGUGGUUGUGGAUCUGUGCUUCCAUCAGUCAGCACACAGAAUAUUAGUCUGGACCCAGUAUUUCUGGAAUGUAGUAGCCAGACACUGAGACUGGGGAGAGAGAGAGAGAGAGGGGGGGGCUGCAGGCGACAACAUGAAGAUUGAUACCAUUGGGAGUAUUUACAUCCAGAUUGUUCUUAGCCUAUUGUAUCAACCGAGUGUUUUACAAACCGUCGGUCAUGGGACCUGGCUGAAAACGUCUGUGACUAAAAACAUGGAUUUGUGUGAUUGGAUGUUGGAAAGGCUAUAUGUAUGUCAAUGUGUUAUUAGAUCAUCUGUUUGAUAAGGCAACCUAAUCAUGAUGUAAACUAAAGCAAUAAUUGAUAUAUUUUAAAUGAAUCAAUCAUUGUUUGUAGAGUCUAGACGGGUGUUGGCGUUAUAUUGUUAUUUCUAAAUGAGAACACUAAAGAGGACAGUUGCUUAUAAAGCUACAUUUUACAGCAUCAACACAUAGCUUAUCUGUAUCAAUACUAUGCUGACCACUUAAGUUAUAUCAGAACUUCAAAUGUGAAGGAAAAUACUGUACAUUUGUGGAAAUAUUUUUACUACACCUUUAUAACGUCUGUAUAUGAAAAUCGUUUCACAUCUUAUUAAGAAAUUAAUGAAAGUGAUUUAUUUUGAAAUACAAUUUAGUCAUAAAUCUCGUAGAAAAUGUUUCUAUUUAGCUAGUUGUAAAGAUAUUUGAUUGAAAUGGAAUGAUAUCACAUACUGUGCAUUUGAUUUGUUAUGAUUGAUUUAUUCAUAAUUGUAGUUAUUGUUUUAAGUUUUGUAUUCUACAAGAUGGUCAAUAUAAUUUCACUACUCCGCUGUUGAAUGAAGGAAAGCUAUAAUGAGCAACAAUGAUGUGGAUGUGUGUGACUGUAAGAGAGAGAGAGAAGCUUUGUGGUGUAUUUUGAGAGAUAUAGACAGUUCUGAUGAAGACCUUUCACUGGAACAGUUUUUCUAUUCAUUAUUUGUAAUACAUUUGGGUCACCAUGUGUUACAACAAAUCUGUGAUUUAAAUGGUUGUUUUUGAUUUAUUUAGAUUUUAUUGUUUUAUGAUUCUCUGUUUUUUAACAUUGGGGAAAUAGUUACUCUUGUUACUGGAAAAUAUAAAGUAAAAAAAAUUAAAUAUGACUCCUUGUGCCUGUAACUUAUGGACGAAACGGAGAGAACUUCUCCCUUUUCAGAAGCUUUCCUGUCUAUUUUGGGCCAUACAGAUGUAGAAUCUUAAUUUGAUCACUUUUCUUAUUGCUGGAAAAUGUUGCAGCAUGGCAGGAAAUACAAACUUGUAAUGUUUUCGAGGUUUAAAAAUGCUUCUAACAUUUGUAAUUUUCACUUUAAAAUGGCAGCCUUAAUUUGCCCUAACAAAAAAUAUAGCAACCCCUACAAAAAAUGUUCAUUAAAGAUGCACUAUGCAGAAAUCGCUUCACCAUUUCCUGGUUGCAAAAUUCUAAUUUCAGUUUAUGUGACAAAACAAGUGUCACGCCCUGACCUUAAAGAGACGUUUUAUUUCUCUAUUUGGUUAGGUCAGGGUGUGAUCUGGGGUGGGCAUUCUAUGUUGUCUAUUUCUUUGUUUAUGGCCGAGUAUGGUUCCCAAUCAGAGGCAGCUGUAUAUCGUUGUCUCUGAUUGGAAAUCAUACUUAGGCAGCCCUUUUUCCCACUUUCUGUUGUGGGACCUUUUUUUUGUUAGUUGCUGUGUGAGCGCUACAUUACUUUACGUGUCGUUUAUCUUUCUUGUUUUUUUGUUGGUGUUCAUUUAAUAAAUUUAAAAUGUACGCCUACCACCCUG